AGCGACUGACAGUCGGCCCGACCAGUGCGGAGGUUUGUUGAUACUCGGGGCUAGCGGCCGAACUUUGCCUCAUUGGCCCGUGUUUGUUAAACUCCCCCCGGGGUCGCCUGGGGGAGAAUUUGCAUGUCCUUCAGCGUGUCGCCCGCCUUGCCGCCGCGCUGGAGUUGAGGUGUUUACGAGAAACUGUGUCAAGUCAAAUCAAGGUGAACGGCGACUUGCGCUACAGUUGGACAAUGCUCGCUGCAUGCUAACGGUACUGAGAGGUCUUCUGUUGGUCUGAACAGGACAACACCAUGACAGGUGACACGGUGGUCUGGAGGGGUCUGACCUGGAUGAAGCAGGCGGCCGGCAGAGCCACGCCAGGCGGCCUGCCCCGCACCGGGAACCAGAGGCUGGUAAACUUCCAUCACGCCGCCGGAUCAGCAAGGGAGACGUUCAGCAGACAGCAGGAAGUCUGCGUCCGCAGAACCACAGCAGCGCUUCACAGAUAUUCGACUAUGGGGGCUUGUUUCAGCACUUGUUUCACUGGAAGUGUAAACGGUGGACAGGGUACCUGCGGUGGCAGACCCAGCACUAAACACCUGAAAUACCACAGGGACUGGUCAAGUCAGCUGUUCACCAGACAGACGAGGUUAUUUAACCAGGACAACUCCACAGUGGGGCGGCUGACAUCGGAGGACAUCGAUAAAGCCAGAAACACCAAGAAAACAGAUGUCAAGCAACAUAAGCAAGUGCUCAGUGAAAGAGCCAGAGAGAGGAAGGUGCCAGUCACACGGAUAGGAAGGCUGGUGAAUUUUGGAAGUCUGGCUGUUGGACUUGGCAUCGGGGCAAUCGCUGAAGUGGCAAAGAAAAGUUUAAAACCCCAACAAGAAGGUGAUAAGAAAGCCAUAUUGGAUUCAAGUGCCUUCCUCUCUGAAGCCAAUGCUGAAAGAAUCGUCCGGACACUCUGCAAAGUCCGAGGUGCUGCUCUGAAACUUGGCCAGAUGCUCAGUAUUCAAGAUGAUGCCUUUAUCAACCCUCAGUUGGCCAAAAUCUUCGAGCGUGUUCGACAGAGCGCUGACUUCAUGCCCACUAAACAGAUGAUGAAAGCCAUCAGCAGUGACCUCGGCCCAAACUGGAGAGACAAACUGGAGUACUUUGAGGAGAAGCCAUUUGCAGCCGCUUCCAUCGGUCAGGUGCAUUUAGCGAGGCUGAAGGACGGCAGAGAGGUGGCCAUGAAGAUUCAGUACCCCGGAGUUGCCAAGAGUAUCGACAGUGACGUGAAUAAUAUCAUGACUGCUCUGAGUUUAAGCAACGCGCUGCCUGAAGGUCUGUUUCCUGAGCACCUCAUUGAGGUCAUGAGCCGUGAGCUGGCGCUGGAGUGUGAUUACAUAAGAGAGGCAAAAUGUGCCAAAAAAUUCCAAGAGCUGCUGAAAGAUCACCCCUUCUUCUAUGUGCCUGAUGUAAUUGAUGAGCUGAGCAGCCAGCAUGUCCUCACCACGACGCUGGUGCCUGGUUUCCCUCUGGACCAGGCCACUGACCUCUCUCAGGAACUCAGGAAUGAGAUUUGUGAGCAAAUCUUGAUUUUAUGCCUGAGGGAGCUUUUUGAGUUCAGAUACAUGCAGACUGAUCCAAACUGGUCCAACUUCUUCUUUGAUCCGCAAGCUCACAAGGUCGCGUUGUUGGAUUUUGGAGCCACGCGAGGAUUUGAUAAGAGCUUCACUGAUACCUACAUUGAGAUUAUUAAGGCAGCUGCAGAUCAGGACAGAGAAGGCGUCCUGCAGAAAUCCAGAGACAUGAAGUUUCUCACAGGAUACGAGUCAAAGGCGAUGGAGGACGCCCACGUGGACGCAGUGAUGAUCCUCGGGGAGGCCUUCUCCUCCUCCAAGCCCUUUAACUUUGGAGCUCAGAGCACCACGGAGCGCAUCCACAGCCUCAUCCCCGUGAUGCUGAGGGAGCGACUGACGCCGCCUCCCGAGGAAACCUACUCCCUCCACAGAAAGAUGGGCGGCUCCUUCCUCAUCUGCUCCAAACUCAAAGCCAAAAUACCCUGCAAGAACAUGUUCCAGGAGGCCUACAGCAACUACUGGAAAGACGGACGCCAUGAGUCAACACACUAGCUGAAGACCAGCUUCCCAGAAAGCAUGUUCCACCCAGGAGUUUAUUGUGUUGCUUGUGGUAUGUUGAACAAUUUAACUCUCACAUUCUCGCCUGUGAAGAUAUUUUUCGGUAGCCUGGGCCAGACAAUGUCCACGUUACCUAGUUUAAUGUUUUUUACUUGUCUAAUCUAUUGACUCGUCAAGUAAACUGAUAUGAGCAUGUGAAAGAAACAGUCAGAUCAGUGUCUGUCUGUUAAGAACAAUUUCAUAUUGGUGUGCUUCAUAUUCCAUUUCUCAUCUCAACCAGGACCUCCAUCCAGACUAACUCUACAUUAAAUAUUAUGCGUGAAGAUUAAUUGUACGUAUUGUUAGAACAGCUGUGUUGUGCGUACUGUGCAACCUAAUAAUUCUGUGCCUGUAUGGUUUGAGGAACUGACCAUCUGACCCGGGAUCGUCAGUUCAAAUAAAUUAACUCUGAUGUUGCAAAAACAAAUCGGCAUCAAAGAUUCAUACAAUUCUGAGACUGCACAUUGAAUUGUGUUAGAGAAAAAGAAACUUUUGUGAAAG